AUGGGAAAACUGGAGACGGUACAGGAAAGCACAGUGGUGAUCGUGCCAGCAGCUUCGGCGCUGCACUGGAUAGUGGCGGCGGAGCACUUGGAGAAAUUGGUGCGCAGGCCUGAUGCAUCCCCGAACGCACCCCGAUCCACCCCCCACUCCCCCACCCCCUCUCGCGCCCUCUCCCCCCCACUCCCCCGAUCCAAUCGGGGCGAUGCCGCCCCGACGACCCCGUCGCCCCGCUUGCCCCCGACGCCCCGCACCCCCCCGUCGGCCUCGUCCCGACCCCGCCACCUCUCCCCGGCGACCGCGCCGCCCCACUCCUUGACGCCGGCGCCUCGCCUCGUCACCGACCCCGAAGCCGACGGAUCGAGCCGCGCCACGCGCCUGGACGCCGACGCCGGAGUGCUCCCCUGCCGACCUGCUUCACCACCGUCGCCGUCGUCCCCGUCUCUCCCUCGCGCCCACUGCCUUGUCCCCACGACCGCCGGUGAGGCCCCGGCCUCUCCUCCUCUCUCCCCCCUGCCCGCGUCAGCUCCUCGCGCAGUCGUGCACGCGCGCGCCGACGCGGCCACAACCACGCUCGUCGCCGCACCGUCCCGCUGCUCCCUCGUCCCGUCCGCGCUCACCGCGCGGUGCCCAUCGCUGCGGGCGGCGCACCCCCUCCCCCGGCUCCCCCUGCGACCACGCGCGCCCGCCGUGGCCGCGCUCGGCCACCGCUCUCCGCCCUGCCUCGUCGGGUCUCUCCCCCUCGCCCAGGCUCGUCGUCGCCCGCGCUCCUGGGAUUGCUGGCCGCGCCCAGUGCCCCGUCGUGCUCACCGCCCCGCCUCGCCCACACUCGGCGCAGUGACCCGCGUCCCCCGCUCGCUCACCGUCGCCCGGGUUCUGCGCCCGCUCCGUGACCCACACCCGCACCCGAGCGCCCGAACCCGAUAG